AUGGCCGCCGAACACCAGUCUAUUAUUACCAGUCUAGAACAUCCUUGUUCUCCAUUUUCUCCUGAAUAUUCUUCGGACCUUCCACCCAGCCAAACACCAACAAAUACUACAAAUGAAAAACGAAAAGUAACGACAAAUAAUCCAGCAGAAAAGACCAAAAAAGCUCGCGUUUCCCUAACCGCGCUUCAAAAAAAAGAAAUCUGUGAAUGUCUCGAAACUGACAAGACACUGAAGCAAAAAGAUAUUGCCGCUGAGUAUGGAAUAUCAAAGCAAACCGUUUCUAAUAUUGUCAAAGCAAAAGAACAGUGGUUAAAAAUUGGAUCAGGAAUGGAUUUAACCAGUUCCAAGCAUGCCCGAAAAGCAACAUUUGAAGAUAUUGAAGAAGCAAUGAAAAUUUGGGUGAAAAUAUACUAUUUGCUAAUGGAAAAAGUCUUGGUAUUUGCCAAAGAAUUCGAAGUUUCUGACAAGUUUCUAGCUUCUACAGGUUGGGCCAAGAAUUUCAAAAGACGGGAUAAUUUGAAAUCUUACAAAAAACGCGGUGAAUCGGGCAGUGUUGAUAUGAACGAAAUUCCAAGAUUCCGUAAGCAACUUCAAGACAUAAUCAAAGACUAUGAACCUAAAGAUGUAUUCAACUGUGAUGAGACAGCAUUAUAUUGGAUGCUUGAACCUAAUCGAACUCUAGCAUGUGGUCCAGUUAAAGGAAAGAAGAAAUCAAAAGACUGA